AUGCCUGACUCGGCAAUCAAAAAGCGGAGGAGGCCAGAGGAAGAGACGCCUCAACCAAAGAAGAAGAAGGUCGAUUUUCAGCAACCGGAAAAGUCGGCCGUCGCAUCCUCGUUCUCGGUAACGAAGCUGCAGAAGCCGCAAGUAUCACCCCCCGUAGUGGCGCUUACGCCCGGAAUUUCCCUGCCCGACUCUUUCCCCUUCAAUGUCUACGAGAAAGAUGAGCAGCCAAUUGCCAAGCGGCGAAAGAGCGGCAGCGUGCCUUCGCCCUCCGAGAUGGCCCUGCACUCUUCGUCGCACAGGACAAUAGACUACACGGCUAGAGAAGAACGGUCAAAGAGCGUGGAUACGCUCCUAAACCACUAUCUUGCGAUUAUCGACCCGCGGACUGGGGAAGUGGAAGUCAUUCAAGCGAAAAGGAUGGUGGUCCGUGGCACGGUUCGGGCGAAGCAAGCGCCGAAGGAGGCGAUGGAAGUGGCCGCUGGCAGACCGACUUUCUCGGAGAUGAAGAUGGAGCUGGGCGAGGCGUUCGGUACGAAGAAAGCAAAGAAGGCCAUCCAAGCUGUUGCAGAAGACGCCAUGCUGGCUGCCAGGUCACGCGGCAAGCUGGGCGAGGACGACCGUGCCCUUGUGGAUACCAUCAAAGACGCCAGCCAACAUAUGGCCACGCGUGAGGGUCUACAGGCAGCCCUCGACUCGGCUAGGCCCGUGCCGCGGGGCAAUUUCGAUGCGAAGGAGAUCCAGGAUGUUUAUAUCCCCCGCGAGAUCAUUGGCGCCGACGUCCUCAAUGCGAUACCGGUUUUGGAUUGGCAAGAGAAGGUCAGCAAGCUGGAAGAUGUUCAGGUACCUUCUCGUUUCGUUGCAAACCGCAUCGUCCGUGUGGCUGGCAACGAGGACAUGCAAAGGUUGAAGCUCUUACGAUAUCUCCUCUGGGUUAUCGUCUUUUGGGCGACCACUACACAGGGGCGAGAACGCGGAACCAAGAGGAUAUCCAACAGGGAGAGGUUGCGGAAGGAUUUGGCGCCCGCCCCUGAGGUGGUGAUUGAAAACAUCCGCCGCAAGUUCUCGGACAGCGGGGUCAUGCGGAAAGCUCACAUCGACCUCCUCAUGACUCAUUGCUGCGUCUUCGCGAGCAUCAUCGACAACUUUGAGGUUAGCACGCUCGAACUGAGGGAGGACCUCAGACUUGAGCAGAAGCAGCUCAACCAGUACUUUAUGGAGAUCGGGGCAAGGGUCAAGCUGUCAAAGGCAGGCGACAAGGUCAACCACAUUGCGAAGCUGGCGUUGCCACUGCAGUUCCCCAAGAUGAGGCAGCCACCAAGGCGCAGAUGA